UGGGAAAAUUAUGAAAAAAACCAAAAAAAAAAAAAAAAAAACUCUCCCCGAUCAUGGAGCUCACCACGCUCCAUUAUCCAACCCUCACUGGGCAAAUGUUUCCGCUGAUUAGACGACAUUGCUAUUUAUUGGAGGGCUGCUGUCGAUUACAUUCAGAAAAGAAUUUGGCAAGUGUUGCGAGAAGAUUCUAUAGAAGUUUGAGGUCAUGUGUAAGAUGCUCUGCAAAAGAUGAUGUUGCUUUUAUUGACGGUGAAAAGAAGCCAUAUUCAAUUCCAUCGGAUGUUUUACUUCGUGAUGCACGAGUCCUCUAUUCUGUAGCUCCAGCCAUGGGCCAUAAUAAGGACUCUCACCCUGAAUCAAAUAAAAGGGUGCCAGCAAUUGUUGAUGCUCUUGAAAGAUUGGAGCUUACCCCAAAGUAUCGUGGCUUAGAGGUGCUUGAAGUUCAAAGUUUCCAGCCAGCUUCAAUCGACGACAUUGCUCGUGUUCAUUCAAGAGCUUAUGUAACGGGCCUUGAGAAGGCUAUGUCCAUGGCGUCAGAUGAAGGCCUCAUUUUCAUCGAAGGAUCUGGGCCAACAUAUGCUACUGAAACCACCUUUCAAGAAUCACUUGCUGCAGCUGGCGCUGGACUUUCCUUGGUCGAUUCUGUGGCUGCAGCAUCAAGGCUCAGCAGUGACCCAGCAACAGGAUUUGCCUUAAUAAGGCCGCCAGGGCACCACGCCGUCCCUCAAGGUCCGAUGGGCUUCUGCAUCUUCGGAAACAUCGCGAUUGCCGCUCGUUAUGCACAAUAUGUGCAUAAACUUAAGCGGGUCCUCAUUAUCGAUUUUGAUGUUCAUCAUGGUAACGGAACGUGCGAUGCAUUUUACGAUGAUCCGGAUAUAUUCUUCAUCUCGACUCAUCAGCAUGGGAGCUACCCUGGCACAGGAAAGAUGGAACAAGUCGGCCAAGGGAAAGGCGAAGGAACGACACUCAACCUGCCCUUACCCGGAGGCUCAGGCGAUAGUUCUAUGCGAACCGUGUUUGAUGAGGUUAUUGUGCCGUGCGCGCAGAGGUUCAAGCCUGACAUUAUUCUCGUUUCAGCGGGAUAUGAUGCUCAUGUGCUAGACCCGCUAGCCGGUCUCCAAUUCACAACGGGAACGUACUACAUGCUCGCUUCGAAGAUCAAAGAGCUCGCGAAGGAGCUGUGCGCGGGUCGGUGUGUUUUCUUCCUCGAAGGCGGAUACAACCUCCAAUCCCUCUCUAACUCCGUGGCCGACACAUUUCGCGCUUUUCUCGGAGAACCUAGUUUGGGGCCCCAGUUCGAUGAUCCUGUGAUGUUGUAUGAUGAGCCGUUAUCGAAAGUACAACAGGCGAUUCAGAAGGUCAAGCAUAUUCACUCCCUCUAGAGAUAGAUUCAUCAACUUCUCUCUCUCUCUUUCUCUCUCUCUCUCUCUCUGAAGUGAGAGCUAUUUGUGCAUAUGUAUAGUGUAUAUGAUAAUGGCUAUAGAUACAACACAUUGUGGUCCUUACUUAUAUGUAUAGUUGACUAGUAAUAAUCAGCAAAUACACCAAAUUUUACCAAGUUUUUAUGAGAUGGUUUUUGCACAUUAAGACCUGGAAA